AUGGAUGCUGCAGAGUUCCGCAAGAGAGGGAAGGAGAUGGUGGACUAUGUUGCAGAUUACCUGGAGAAGAUAGAUAAAAGACAGGUCUUCCCAGAUGUGGAACCAGGAUACCUAAGGCCCCUCAUCGCGGACUGUGCACCCCAGGAUCCUGAGAGCUUUGACGAUGUCUUUAAAGACAUUGAGAAGAUCAUUAUGCCAGGGGUGACUCACUGGCACAGUCCCUACUUUUUUGCCUACUUCCCUGCAGCUUCUUCUUUCCCAGCUCUUCUUGCAGAUAUGUUGUGUGGUGGAAUAGGGUGUGUGGGCUUCUCAUGGGCUGCAAGUCCAGCUUGCACAGAGUUGGAGACUGUCAUGCUGGAUUGGCUAGGGAAGAUGGUUAAUUUGCCCGAAGAGUUUUUAGCUGGGAAGGAUGGCCAAGGUGGAGGAGUCAUUCAGGGAAGUGCAAGUGAGGCCACUCUGAUUGCACUGCUUGCUGCAAGAACAAAAACUAUCAAACGGGUGCAGUCAGAAAAGCCUGAGCUAACAGAAGCAGAGAUCAUGGGCAGACUGGUGGCUUAUGCUUCCGAUCAGGCUCACUCAUCUGUGGAAAGGGCUGCAUUGAUUGGUGCUGUGAAAAUUAAAAAUGUUCCUUCAGAUGAUACAUUUAGUGUUUGUGGUUCAGCCCUGAAGAAAGUUCUGGAUGAAGACAAAGCUGCGGGUCUUAUACCAUUCUUUUUCUGUGCAACACUUGGAACCACACCUUGCUGCUCCUUUGACAAACUCUUAGAACUGGGUCCUAUUUGUAAUAAGGAAAGUAUCUGGAUGCAUAUUGAUGCAGCCUAUGCUGGGAGUGCCUUCAUCUGCCCUGAAUUUAGGCAUCUUUUAAAUGGAGUGGAGUUUGCAGAUUCAUUUAACUUUAAUCCUCACAAAUGGCUCCUAGUGAAUUUUGACUGCUCUGCUAUGUGGGUGAAAAAAAGAUCAGAUUUAAUAGGUGCCUUUAAAUUAGAGCCUCUUUACCUGCAGCAUCACCAUCAGGAGUCUGGUCUUGUAACAGAUUAUCGGCACUGGCAAAUCCCCCUGGGCAGGAGGUUCCGCUCCCUGAAGCUUUGGUUUGUGCUGAGGAUGUAUGGGGUCAAAGGGCUGCAGGAGCACAUCCGCAAG